AUGAUGCAAACUCGGAUCGAUUGUCGCGUCGGGUUCGAGUGUUGCGCGCAUGAUGACGACGAGCGAAGGCAAAAAGAGCAUCAUCGGGUGGGAGGACGGAGUUCCGAGUCCUCCGCCGACAGCUCCUCCAAGCACAUGGAAAGUCCGAUCAAGAAAAUGUUAUUAAACGAACUCAUCAAAGAGCACGAGAAGGAAUUACUUUUAGGUGGUAACCUAGCAACAGACAACACGAACAACAACAAAACGAGAAAGAAAAAGAAAAUUUAUGAAGACGAAACGGAAGAAGAGACGGAAGACGCGAUCGCGCGAUCGAACAGUUCCACGGACGCGUGCUUUACGCACGCUUUGUUUCAUCACAACACGUUCUCGUCGGAACCGAUCCCGAUUCCAGUCGCUGAUUUACAGUUGAGGUACGAUACACAACGCGUGGUUAAGCGCUGCUUUUCUUCGACAAAAUGUUUUCCCUUUUCGCGGGAAAAAAAAGUAGUUUUGCCUGCCAAAAGUUGA